GUCCUCCCCCCAGCGGUGACGUCACGGAAUUUCCGCUUCCCAGAGAGGAGAUAACAACAUCGGAGAGAGAGGUUACCAUCGUCGAGGGAGCAAACGUUUUUUCCAUCAAAAAAGCCAAGUAACACCAUGGCUGACCCGGAGAAGCAGCCAGAAGAUCCUAAGGUUGCUAAAGAAAAGAAGAUCAUAGCCCAGAAAGUGACCGGGACCGUGAAAUGGUUCAAUGUCAAAGCGGGGUAUGGAUUCAUCAACAGGAAAGACACCGAAGAAGAUGUCUUUGUCCAUCAGUCAGCCAUCCUGAAGAACAACCCACGCAAGUUCCUCCGCAGCGUGGGAGACGGAGAAGAAGUGGAGUUUGAUGUCGUUGUCGGAGAGAAGGGGAACGAGGCGGCCAACGUGACCGGACCGAACGGCGCGCCGGUGAGGGGCUCGGUUUACGCCCCGGAGAAGAGGUGGGGAGGCUUCCGGCGCGGGAACUAUGCCCCCCGCGGAUAUCCUCGUCGUCCUCGAUUCUCCAGUCAUCCUCGAAGUGGUCAGUAUGGUGAAGGUACAGAUGAUUCUGGAGAUGGAAUGGAUGAGGAAGGUGAAUACAGUGACGCCCCCGUCCGUGGUCGGGGACGCGGCCGUGGCCGUGGAUUGGGACGCGGACGCGGCGGGAGGUUCCGCGGGUACGGGUCGCGAUACGUCCGACGCCGUCGCACGGAAGACGACAGCGAUGGCCGCGUCGAGGGCGGCGAAGAGGAGCAGGUCGAGGAGCGACGCGGCUACGGUGGACCGCCCCGGCAGGAUACUCGGGGGCGCGGCCGCGGCCGUGGGUACUUCCGUGGAGGGAACUACGGUGGAUACUACCGCGAUCGCGAGCGUGGGCGUGGCGCUGGGAGGGGCCGCGGCCGCGGUCGUGGUGGUCGUCCGCGACGCGAGAGUCAGGAAGGACGAGAUACCGAAGACCACGGAAGCACUGAUGAAGGGGAGAAGGAAAUCGACGAGGCAGGAUCUGGAGGUGAAAAUGCCCAGCGGGGAAACAACCGUCGCUAUCGCCGACGCGGGGGCCCGAACCGAAGGGGAGGAUCUCGUUCGCGUGGGACGACCCUGUCCGACUCUGAGCGGAAGGAAACUGAUGGUGAGCAAGACGUGAAGGAGAAUGGAGUCGACGACGGCGAACAUGAUGAUGCUCACGCGCAAGAAGGGAAAGAGACCAAGAAGGCUGCAUCUCAGAGCAAUAAGGCAUCGGACGGAGAGGCCCCCAUGAAUGAGGCCAAGAAGAGCGAAGGAAAGGCCGAGCCCGCCCCGGUCUCUGUCGUGAAGCACGAGGCCAAGGAGGCCGGAGCUCCCGACGCCGGAGACCACGUUGGAGACGAAACUGAUGGUGAGCAAGACGUGAAGGAGAAUGGAGUCGACGACGGUGAACACGAUGAUGCUCACGCGCAAGAAGGGAAAGAGACCAAGAAGGCUGCAUCUCAGAGCAAUAAGGCAUCGGACGGAGAGGCCCCCAUGAACGAGGCCAAGAAGGGCGAAGGAAAGGCCGAGCCCGCCCCGGUCUCUGUCGUCAAGCACGAGGCCAAGGAGGCCGGAGCUCCCGACGCCGGAGACCACGUUGGAGACGGCGAUGCCCCGCAGGCCGUCAACAACACCACAGGUGAAAGCACCGCAUAG